CUUGCUUUCUAUUGAAUUCGGUUUGUGGGUUGUGAGGGUGGUGAUGAAAUGGAGGAAAAUGCAGCAGCUUUGCAUACAGCUAUAAAUUCAGUACAGGCACUUGGUAGGGGCUUUGAUGUGAAUUUUGAUACAAGGUUGUUAUACUGUAAGGGAGUGGGAGGGUCUAGGGUUGUGGAAGUUGAUGAUGACCACCCCAGGCAUCUAUGGUUGCACGAAAAUUUAGUUGUGCCCAAUGUUUCAAAAGACAUAAAAAAUUCUUACGAGACUGGUGGACGUGAUGGUUGUGGUGUUUGCAGUUAUCAUGAGAUGGUGGAUUAUUUCAAUAAAAAGGCUAACCUAUCAGGACAUGUUCCCCUUGGUAGUUUCAAUAGUGCAUUUAGCUUUACCGGUUCCAAACAUAUUGAUGUUGCAGCCACCAAGUCCCUUUGUGUGGAUGGUUUUUUCAUUCCCCUUGCUAAGGUUGAGCUCAUAAAAUCCCCACUAGUGUUGCGAGAAAAUGUCAGACAAGCAGUCCCGCUAUUGUGGGACCCAUCAGCUUUAGUAAGCUUUAUUGAGAACUUUGGGACACAUGUGAUAACAUCUGUAACUAUUGGCGGAAAAGAUGUUAUUUAUGUUAAACAGCAACAGUCAUCACCUUUGUCGACAAUGGAGGUCAAAAAUUAUGUUCAGGAUAUUGGGAACCAAAGGUUCUCCAGCACAGAAACCCUUACGAGUUCAGGUCUAUUGAAAUACAAGGAUAAGGGUGUUGAACCUUCUUUAUUCAACAACCAAGGAAUACAUCCACAACCCACUAGUGCCCCUUAUCUUUCAGGAAAUGGGAAAGAAGAUCUUACAGUAAUUUUUAGACGAAGGGGAGGCGAUGAUCUGGAACAGAGCCACACCCAGUGGGCCAGAACUGUUCAGUCUUCUCCAGAUGUCAUCGAGAUGUCAUUCUGCCCUAUCACACUUCUUCUUGAAGGGGUAGCUGGAAAGGAGCACUUGACACGUGCUAUAGGUCUAUAUCUUGAAUACAAGCCUCAGAUUGAAGAGCUGAGAUAUUUCCUGGAGUUUCAGGUCCCUCGGUUAUGGGCCCCCAUACAUGACAGGCUUCCUGGCAAUCAAAGAAAGGAACCUAUUUGCCCUUUUUUGCAGUUCAGCAUGAUGGGGCAAAAGCUUUACAUCAGCCAAGAGCAAAUAUCGGUUGGGCGCAAACCUGUGACAGGCAUGCGGUUAAGUCUUGAAGGACUCAAACAGAAUCGACUGAGUAUUCAUCUUCAACACUUGGCAUCACUUCCGAAGGUUCUCCAGCCAUACUGGGACACCCAUAUUGCAAUUGGUGCUCCAAAGUGGCAGGGUCCUGAAGAGCAAGACAGUCGAUGGUUUGAGCCAGUGAAAUGGAAGAAUUUUUCUCAUGUGAGCACAGCACCAAUUGAGAGUCCCGAGACCUUCAUUGGCAACCAUUCUGGUGUGUACAUAGUCACUGGAGCUCAGCUUGGGGUGUGGGAUUUUGGGUCAAGAAAUGUCUUGUAUCUCAAGCUUUUAUACUCGAGGCUACCAGGCUGCACAAUACGAAGAUCGUUAUGGGAUAGCACCCCAAAUGACAAACUGAGGAAAUUGGUCAGUACUAGUAACAGUAGUGACUCAAGCUCAGGCUCAGGGGAAAAUAUUGUGGGCAACAAGUUGGGUAAAUUUGUUGAUAUGUCGGAGAUGAGCAAGGGGCCACAAGAUCCUCCAGGUCAUUGGUUGGUAACAGGCGGAAAAUUUGGUGUAGAGAAAGGCAAAAUUGUUCUGAGACUGAAAUACUCCUUGCUAAAUUAUUAACUUGUACGAUUUUAGUAUGCGCAGUAAUACUGGCUUUUAUCAAGUAAAUGUGGUGUUUUUCAAUUACAUGGGUUCUUGUUCAUGAUGCAUGUGAACUGUCUCAGUUUGAUGAACUGUGUUGAACCGGAUGAAGAUGUAUUCCUUGGUGGUAUUUUUUUUUUCUUUGAAGCAGGUUCGUUGGUCGUUUUUGAUCUAUGUAGUUCGUUCCAAUUUUGGUGGC